AGUUGGCGUUAAACUGACACCACUGUACAUUUAGUGAAUAUUACGGGUUUUGGAUAGACUUAACAGGGCAUUUUUUUAGACGAGGGGAGACACCGGUCUGCUCAAGUCAGCUAAGGCUUGUUAGCACUAGAGGCUAACCACGGCUAAUGUUGGAGUUGGACAAGUUACUUCAGCCCAACUGGGCUCCUCUGCAGAGGCACUCGUCAGUCUAAAAGAGGGCAGUUUGUCCAACACUCUGAAUGAAAAGAACAGCUUCCCAAGAGCUCACAACACCAGGGGACGACAUUCCUCUGUCACAAUGGACACGCCCACACGGAACUCAAAGAGGAGCCGUUUGUUUCGGGAUGAAGAAGAACCGCCUCAGCAGCGUCUCCCUUCUAGAUCCCCACGGAGGAGCCAGAGAGUCACCACCACGCCACAGAAGUUUUCUAAUGUCGUGACACCAGACAAGAAGGCCUCCCAGAAGAUCGGGCUGAGAUUAAGAAACCUCCUUAAACUACCCAAAGCUCACAAAUGGUGCAUCUAUGAAUGGUUCUACUCCAACAUUGACAGACCCCUUUUUGAAGGUGACAAUGAAUUCUGCCUGUGUCUCAAGGAGUCUUUCCCCAACUUGAAAACAAGAAAGUUAACAAGAGUUGAGUGGGGAACAAUCAGGAGACUGAUGGGGAAACCUCGGCGGUGUUCGUCAGCAUUCUUCGCUGAAGAGCGAACAGCACUGAGGCAGAAGCGGCAGAAAAUGCGCCUGCUGCAGCAGCGGAAAAUAUCUGACGUGUCAAACUGCAAAGACCUUCCUGAUGAAAUCCCCCUGCCUCUCAUCAUAGGAACCAAAGUCACUGCUCGACUCCGAGGCGUCCACGACGGUCUGUUCACAGGGCAGAUAGACGCCGUUGACACCAGCGCCGCCACCUAUCGCGUCACCUUUGACCGCAGCGGCCUGGGAACACACACUGUGCCUGAUUACGAAGUCCUGAGCAACGAACCCAACGAGACCAUGCCCAUUUCAGCCUUUGCCCAGAAGCAUCGGUCAACACGCUACAUGCAGAACCUCAUGACGCCGCCUAGAGGGCCCUACCCAUCUGCUACCACUCCUGUCCACAUGGACAAUGACCCUCUUAUCAACCAGUCACCGUGGAGGAACAAGCUGCCAGGUGCUGAGGGAGAUACACUGGGAGGAUUUCCUGUUAAAUUCCUAGUGCAAGUGACGAGGUUGUCCAAAAUCCUCAUGAUCAAGAAAGAGCACAUCAAGCACUUGAAAGAAAUGAACACAGAGGCCGAGAAACUGAAGUCGUACUCGAUGCCGAUUGACCUGGAAUUCCAGAAGCGAUAUGCGACCACGGUGCUGGAGCUGGAGCAGCUCAAUAAAGAUCUCAACAAGGUGCUUCAUGAAGUUCAGCAGUUCUGCUGUGAUCUCGCUCCCGAUCAGGGCAUGGUUCCAGCCGACCAUCCCACAGAGCUGCGGCGGCGAUGUGAAGAGGAGGCCCAGCAGAUGGUGCAGCAGAGCGUCUCUGUGAAGGACGGACAGCAGAGUGUGACAAAUCCCAACCUCACACACCUCAUCUCCCGCCUCACUGCUCUGCUCCUGCAGAUCAAGUGUCUGGCAGAUGGAGGAGAUCUGAACUCAUUUGAGUUUAAAUCUCUAACGGACUCCCUCAAUGACAUCAAGGCAUCGAUUGAUCCCUCCAACCACAGCUGCUUUCAGAAUAACGUCGAGAUCCACGUGGCGCACAUCCAGAGCGGCCUUAGUCAGCUGGGCAAUCUGCACGCGUUCGCCGCCAACAACACCAACGCAGUCUGAGCGCCCGCAUCGUUCCCGCCGCACACGACGGCGCAUGCACACACAACAGCCGUGUGGUACGUUAAUGUCGUCUUUCGAAGCGGCGCUCCCGCCCGAACUGUUAAAAGGCUACGAAAAAGUCCGAUGUCGAUGUUGAGGAUCGGCACGGCCUGAAUUUAGACGCGUCAAGUUCUGCCCAGGACGUCGCGACCCGAAUGGGAGAAGGGAGGAUGUCAGAUAUUUUACCCCGCCCGUUUUAUUGUGUGAAAAAAUGUUUGUGCACCCGACUGAACACAAACCUGAAAGAGCCCUUAGCUUACGCCACAGUCCACAUCUCCAAACUCUCAAACUGUUAUUUAUUGGUUUCACGUGCCAAACAUAGAUUCUAACAGUUUUUAUAGUCCAUAUUUAUUUAUUUUUGCGUAGGUGUUCUGAAGCGAUAUUUUGCUAUCUGGCGUUUCCCCCUGUUAAGUGUUGUGUUCUGUUGCUCCGCUCAUGGUAGGCGCCGGGGAAAGCUAAAGAAUGUUUUAUAAAAAAUUGUUUAUUGUAGAUAAAUUGUACAAUAUCUCUUAUUAGGACUAACGUCAAAACAUUUCUGCUGUGUAUUCAGAAAUGGCUUUUGUAAUUUUGUGUGCACUGAAAAGAGAUUUUGGUAUUUUUAUAAAGGAGGACUCUGGGGUUUCGAUGCCUUUUACUCCCCAAGCUUUUCCACAUUUGACAUGGCUGUUGCUGCAACUCCCCACACUAAGCCUGCAUCCCCGAUUUAACCCCGACAACUCAUACGGUUCCCUCCCAGAGAAUCUCCUUUUUCAGUUUUGUAAAGUUGUAUAUGAGAGUGCCCCAGGGCAAUUGUACAUAAAUGUUUCCGUCUUUUUAUAUUAAACAUAAUAUUGCGACACCGUU